UGUCAACAUUACAACCACCACCACACCUUCAUCAUGGCGGAGCUCAAGCAUAUCCUCGAGCGGCUCGGGCUCGGAGAAUACUACGACACACUCGUCAGCAACGGAUUCGAGCGAUGGGACACGGUUCUUGAGAUCACGGAAGACGACCUGAGCGCACUCGAGUUCAAGCGUGGACAUCGACGUCUUCUGCAGCGGGAGAUUACUCGCUUCCGCGAACAUCCC